AUGGCUCAUGCCCAUCACCAGGAAGAUGGUUGGCCAUUAGGUUUGCAACCAUUAAAUGCAAUAGUAGGUUUGGUACGAAAUCAUCAUGAUGCUGCUGUUUCAGCUAGGUCUAUGUCAUUCAAUACAUUACUCACUUUCUCACCAAGUACUUCUACUGUCUUCUCAUCAGACGUUGAUACUGAGUCGACAGGGUCAUUCUUCCCUGACAAGAGCACGACACUUGGGAGUUUAAUGGGUGUGUCAAGUAUUACAGAUCUCUCCGGAAGGUCACUUACUGGAAGAAGAUCACUGAUGGAAUCAUUCAGAUCAGUGAAAGACAACAACAACAAUAACAAGAUGAAGUCACAGAAGAAAUAUUGGUUGUUUUCUUUAUUAUGUGCAAAACCCAUUGCUGCUGAUAUUGAUCAUAAUAAUAAGACUGUACAAACCAACACUCAAUCUUUAGCACAUUUUCUUGAAGUUGAAAGAAAAUUAGCAAAUUCUUCUCUAUACAAUAUUGAUGGUCAUAUUGCUGCACAUCCUCCUCAUCCUCGAUCACAAUCAAGCCAUUGUCUUGGUUCAUCAAAUGUUAAUGGAUUUCCAUUGUCAUCAUGCAUUUGUGGGGUGCCCACAAAUUGAAAUAUCAUGUCCUUUCUUCUUCUUCUUCUUCUUUUUCUUCACUGAAAGUGAAAAUUUUGAAAGAGAUGGAAUUCACU